AUGGCCUCACCCUUCCUUCCUUGCAACCAACCCCCUGCCACCGUGCACCCUUCUCCCAUGGCGAUGGCGAUGGCGAUGGCUAGAGAGAUGGAUCUAGGCAUCUGGCCCCGCCAGAUCGAGGCGCAGGCCCGCUGGCCGGACGGCGGCAACGUACCUCCCCUCCAUGUCCAGAUGGGAAACAGCACGGUCAAGGUACGGUGGCUCCCGGAGACUCUCACGGCGGCCGGGCCGGGCUCCCCCAGCUAG